CAAGCCACUCAAUACAGUACUUGGACCACUCACUCAGUCGCCGUCUGCUCUGCUUUUGCUCAUUGCAUUGCUAGUUGCUAGUUGCUCAGAGACGCGAACGUUGUUGUUGUGCAUGUGCGUGUGCGUGUAUCGUCUGGAAUUAUUACAUCGCUGAAACCGCAGCAGCAGCAGCAGUAACACACUGUGUCGACAUGGUGUGUUGGGUGUCCAUCAUCGUGUUCUGCGCCGCCGUGCUAAGGGUCGCCGAAAACCUGCCCUUGGAGCAGGAUGACAUCUCCGCGCUCAAGUACCCCAGCGCGGAAGGCAGCGACAAUGCAUUCAGCGAAGAAGAAAAAGAGUUGGGCGACGCCUUGAGUAGGGAUAAAAGGACGAUAGGAUUUUUAAGGCAACUAUUCCCUGGCCUAUCGCAGAUAGUGGACAGAAAGAUCCAGAUGCUGACCAGACUGGCGUUCCGCCUGAUCGGGCGCCUGGUGUUGCGGGGCGGGGCAGGCGGCGGGGGCGGCACGGGCACCGCCUCGUCGGGCGACAGCGGCCGCAAGGUCAGCAUCACACUGCCCACCUACCCGCCCUCGGUCGACGACGACGAGGAUGAGGAUGAGAGUGGGGACAGCACCACCACCACCGCCCCCGACUCCGACUCAACCGCCUCCACCACAGAGGCUGACUCCACCACCACCCAAGCGAGUGAUUCGGAAAACCAGGUAGCAGAGUCACAGGUAUCAGAGGUCAAAGUGCGAAAAGCCAGAGAUACUGCCAAAGUUAACAACAACUCUGACCAACAGACAGCAGCAACUGGAGACAACGAUAACGAUCUCGACUCUUCAGACAGUGCCGCCGACAGUGAAGGAGAAGGCAGUGAAGACAGUCCGAGAAACAAACGAUUGCUCAACUUCAAUCUAGGAGGCGGUGGAAGCGGCAGUGGAGGUGGCUCGGGCAAUUUCCUCUUUGAUAUUAUCAGGCGAACGGCCGACGGAGCGGCGCGUAUGGCAGGCACGGUCUAUCGCGUACUCGCCGGGACGGACGACGUAGGACUGCCCGUCUACCCCCCGCUGCCGUCUGCCAAACAAUCGGCCCGCCAUCUACUGACCGGCAAUCAACCAAACCUGUUGGUAGCUGGAAGCGGCACGACCCAGGAGAAGGACGAGGCGGAGAACGCGCCGCUAGAGGACGGAUCGGUGUCGGCGUCGGUUGACGGAAGCGUCGACCUGACCGGUAAAGACGACGGCUACAGUGCCGGAGUGCCCGGGCCCCUCACAAGGCUGUUUGUUAUCGCCAAUCGCGGCAUCGCUAACCUCAUACAAGACUUGAUCCUUCGUCUGGCACAAACUAGUGAAAGAAUAGUGAACUUCAAGGCUCGACUCAUCACAUCCAUCAUUUAGAGAAACUGGUUCAGCUCAACGUCAUCAGAGCAGAAAGGCUCUUCCUGGUGCUGCGUGCUGCCUGUGCCACCACCAAUACCAUCUUGUCUGUUUACAAACAUGCUCGUUUCGAUCAUGUUCUGCUGUCAACGUUAAACCAAAGUAUGCGAAUGCGACAACACCACUACAAAUUCAAAUAAGUUGCAAUUAAAUCAAUUUAACUAACUCAUUUCAAUUUGUGGUGGUGCCGAUGGAGUAUUGUGGGAAGCCAAUAGCAAUCAAUAGAAAGUUUUAACUGCUAUUGAUAAAAUCAAUUAAUGUUCAGAAUAUAGAUUAACUAUUCAGCUCAAUAUCAAACGGCAAACUGUAGCUCAGUUAUAAAAAAGUUCCAUCAAGUGAUAUUUAGUCCAUUUAUUAAUCCUAUGAGAAUAUUUUUUUUUAUAUAGGCAAUGAGGUUAAAAUAUGAUUUCCUCUAUUCAGCAUGUUUCAGUAUUCCUUCUCGAACUAUUAGACUGACUGUGAAAAGUAUGAAUGUUGGUGUUCACAAACUUUAGAAAAUCAAAAUUAUUUUAUCAAGCUGAGAAGAAUAGUUAUCGAUUAAGACAAGCGUUACACUUAUAUGUAAUUAUUAUAAUUUCAUAAGUAUUUCAGUUGAGCCAUAAUUUUUUUUCACACUUUUAUUUUAAAUGUUUUCCAAGUUUUGUGCUCAAACUUUCGUUAUGACAAUGAAAUACCUAAGAUUAUCUAAAGAAAUAUUUUCCCUUUUAAAGUAAAUCGAACUUUAAUGCAUCCUUCUGAAAUUCUAUUUUUUCUUAUAAUAGUACCUAAUCCUAUUUCUUCAGCUUUAUUUGAGUAUUUGCUCAAUUUUAAUGCAGAUGGGCUACUAUAAUAUAAGUAGUGCAUCAAAUAAUUCACGGUAAAGAGUAUAGAUUUAAUCAAUCGUCUAUUUUUGUAAUGAAUUUCUCUUCUACAUCUUUUUCUCAAUUAUUAUUAUUAUUCUUAGAAAUAAAAAAGUGUGCUGUUAUUUAUUUAUCAAUUGGACAAUUUUCUGUAAAUUUUUUUUCCAAUUAAAUUUUCUUUUAUUUUAUUGGAGAAGAACUUGAAAUUUCCAUUUAGAGCAUACUUUUCUUACUAAGGUUCCGAAUUAUACAUAGAUUUAGUGUCAGUUGUUUGGUGUUAUGAAUAAAUUUUUCUAAUGACAUUCACAUAACAGCAUUGUGUCCUCUGCAAACGGUGAGGAACUAUUGUUAUUAAUAAUGCAAAAAUUACUUUUGCAAUAGCCUAUUGGAAAUAAGUCCUGCUAGAAAACAUUAUUUAUGUGAAUAAUAUUUUUUGAGCGUGGUGGCUCUCAAAAUAUCAUCUAUAGGAGUAUCGAACGAUUCAAUGUAAGAAAGUUAUUUAAUUCUAUGAUGAUUGGAAUAUGUUCAUUUGUAGUUCAAAUCGAAUUCUGAAUUUAAGUUAUUCCGUGACCAGGACAAGAGAUUAAUAUUCUAAAUGUUUUUUUAUUUUUGUUAUUCAAUUUCAAAACUGAUUCUUCUUCUAUAAGUUUUAUUUGAAUGUUGCCAUUAAAAAUUAUAACAAAAUGAUAAAUUAUUAUGCUUUCACAUGGAAAGAUAUUUAUCACAUACAUUUCCCAAUAAAUCAAUAACAUUACGGUACCGUAACGUAAUGGAAAUGUUGUUAUAAUUAUUCACUUUUGUCCUGGUACUUAUUUAUAUCUUGUAUUGGAUGUUAUUCAUGAGGAAUGAAUCAUCUAUCACUCUUCAGUGUGACUAUACCUUAACUAUAUUAUACUGAAAUAGUGAUAAAUUAUUAUUCUUUUGUGUUGAAUGAGACUAUAUAUAUUCAAAGAAGAGCUAUGUUUCUCUAAAUGUUGUACUAUGUAAAUAAUGAUGUACAAAUCAUCCACCAAGGAAUAAAAAUAAAUUGUAAAUUUGUUUUCCAUCCAUCACUUUAUUAUAAAUAGAACAUUUUUUGCUCACUUUGAAUAUCAAAUUCCAUUAAAUAGAUUCGCUUAAUUUUUAUGCCUCUAAGAUAAUGGUCCUGUAUGAAUAAUAGUGAAUUAUGAAAUUAUUUUUAUAUACUUAUGAAAUGGUGUGUAAAUAUGUAAAGAGAUUUUAUAAGGACAACAAAAA